AUGAUGCAGACAGGGAGGGAGGUAGCGAUCAAUGCAAAAGCAAUCCUGCUCCUCCUCUUCAUCUCCCUCCCAUCUAUAAGUUCUGCGAAUAUCCUUACCGACAUUCCCAAGAACAAUCCUCUGAACAUCAAUUGGGACCCAGCACCAGCACCAGAAGACGGUCCGCCUAUUUCAGCACACGCUUCAAGAGACAAGUCUCUUCUCCCAGUCCAGAUUGGCGCAAUCCUCGGAUCAUACCUCUUCUGUGUUUGUGUUGUCGGAAUAGCACUUCUCUUUAUCGGACGCAGACUACGAAUUCAGAUCCAGACGUCAGUCAGAGUACUUGAUAUAGAAAUGGUAGAACCCGCCUUCCCGCAAACGGCUGCUUUCGAACCCUCUCCAGUCUCGCCUGGCGGACCAGGCGGUGGAUCAAGGAACUUCUCGUGGCCUUCACCAGAGAAAGAUACGAAAAAUCCCUACAUCUUCCCUAGUAUCAACGAGUCGCCUACGACACCGAACGGUCUUGCAGAUCCAUACGUUGACACACGGAUUGUUGAGGCAGACCGCGAGAUGUUACAACGGGACUUGGAAGACAUAUAUGCCCAUGUUAUGGAGCAGGAGGAUGCAAAGGCCAGGGGCGUGAUCUUGAAGGAAAUGCCUCUUCCCCCGCAAUUGCAGAGAGUUGGCCCGGUUCCAACAGGUCCACUACGAACAGAUUUGCCUCUAAAGAAGAUUGAGAAAGCUCGUCCAGCAACCCUCACUCUAGAGGAAGGAAAGCCGAAAUCACACUCGCGAGCCUCUUCUCUGAUCUCUUCUCUUAAGUCGCCUAGACGAAAGGGUAUUCGGGGAAUGCGUAUCUCCUCGCCAAUCGCCACACCUGUCUCUGCAACAUUCCCAGCAAGUGCAGCAUCAGACGAAGAACCACUCACGCCCCGCUACUACACACCACCACCACCUCCCCCAGUCCCUAAAGACCAAGUUCCAUACACACACUCCCGCGGCCCCUCUAGCGACUCCGCAGCCCGCAGUCUAGCAGAGCAGCUCUCACCAUACCGAAACGGCCCACGGCACAGCCCGAACCCGUCCCGAACCUCAGUCCAGAGCCAAAACUCCAACCGAGGAGGUGACCCAUCUUCUGCAACCUCAGCAACAUCCCAAACCCCCCUCUUCCUCUCCGCCCCCAAACCUCGCCACCUCCAACUCAACUCGCAAGCACAAGCACAACCUUCCAACCCACCCUCCACCAACUCCUCCUCCCGCGCCCUCCCCUUCCGCUCCUUCGAGCCAGCCCUCCAAUCCCCGUCAUUCGUGCCUACCACAAAGACCACAGUGCUGGAACGCAACAUCAAACCGAACGGUCCGCAGACGGGGGGGCUAAAGACGCCGUGGAGCGCUGGUGCGGUGCCAUAUAGUCCGUACCAGCCCUUCUCGCCGAUGAUUCCCAUCACGCCGCGGCUGGUGACGAAGGAAGAGCGGAAGCAGAAGAAAAAGGAGGAAGGGAGAACGCCGGUGUUGGAGAUGAUUAAGAGUGAGGAUGAUCUUUGGGAUAGUGGGUACUAGAUAUGUAUGGGUUUAUUUUCAGUUGUAUAUUUUGACGCCCGCUCUGAACACGUGUUUCUCUUCCCUUAUUUUGUUCUUAGGGUUUGGAGCUAGGGUGGCGCGAGCAUUUGACAUUGAUUGCAUUGAUUGCUUUCUUUGUUUGGUUGGUUAUUUAUUGGAUGGGACGGCGGACUCCAACUAAGACUACCUUUGUUGGUAGUUCGUUCGACAAGGUGUUCAGGGGCUUACUGCGAGGGAAUAGGUAGCAUAGGAUUAGAGAACCUUAAUGAUACUAUGAUGAAUGUGGAUUACUACUAUACUAUUCUAAGUAAUUACAGGAUGUCAGAUAUACUGAGAAUUUAUUCUCUUCUUACUCCGUCUUAUAAUUAGUCCUGUCUAGCAUCUCUUGUAUUAUGACUAGCAUAAGGUGAGAGAGGACCUUAGGUUGACGCCAAGAAUAACAUGGCCUUAGCAGGUUCAGGUGGGAGAAAGCUUCGAUGAGAGCAGAGGUUGUUAGAAAGUGAGUAAGUACACCAACAGAUAGCAAGCCGGCUUUCAGCGGGGAGGCGGGAUUAGAAUACAGAACUGUAGAUACAGCACGAGAAACGAGCUUUGCCGAACAUUAAAAUGAGAAAUGCAAGAAGUUGUGUACAGCAGAAGUAAGUGUUCAGGGC